AUGGUCGGGCGCCCCCGCCGGGCGUCUACGUCUAGUGUCGAUACGGAAGAUGAGAGUCAAAGAUCAUGGAAGCAGGAGAAAUCGGUGCUGCGGUUUGACGCCGGUGGUGUGGACCCAGAUACGACCUUCGAGAUCAAAGAUGCCGUCGUUCUCAACAAAGAUGGUCACACCCUUGAAAACGCCCUGGAUGUCGCUACUCGUGGCCCCUAUAUCAUCCGGGGUUUGCUCAAUAUCGAGGAGCAGUCGCAGAGAGCACGCCUCAUAAUGAAAGUGCGCUCUUUGACACCUUUCGAAGUCAGAAAAUGCGGCCAAUACUCUAUCGGAGAAUCUGAAAGCGGUUCUCCAGUCAUAUGGAUGCUGGGCACCUGUGCAUGGUUCGAAUUAACCCCUGCGCCAGCAUACCUCCCCAUAUACAGAAAGAUGCAGGAGGCUAUACGGCUCUACUAUAGAUUGAUGGCAAUUUACAGGGAUCGGAAACCCAAGAAGGCCAAGAAAAGCAAAAAAGAUGCUUUGAAAGAACUCUACCAGGUAUUCCAUGAGUAUGCUGCCAGUAUAGGAGAUGGUUCAACUCUCGAGGAAGUGAUCACAAGAUGUGAUGAUCAUGCUUCGUUUCUCAUUGCUCAAUGCAUCCAAGACCAAAGCGAGGUCGAGUGGUCCGUGACCCCUUUCUUCAAAUGGUUGAUAAAUAGACAUCAAGAGCUAUACGACAAAGAACUUGAAAGAGUGACCAAUCCUCCGCAGCCCCAAAGAUCUCCCUCUCUUGAGGCCAGUAACCCCCCUGUCUCACAGUUAUUGACCUCCCGAACUCGCAAUGCUUCUUCGGGUCCGUCGACAGCUCGCGACGCAACCCCAGAUACCAAUGAGCCUGAGGACAGUCCUCCCCGACGACGAUACUCAAGAUCGCGGUCUGCUACUCACAGGCCCGAAAACGGUGCCGCUGACUUGUUCAGCUCUACACAAAUUUCAAGAGACGGAUCAACAAGGCCAGUCAGCGUUCAUUCUUCAGCUAGUGUACCAAGUGUCCGUAUGAGCCAGGCGCCUAUUACGGUGGAUGCCCGGGACGAUGCUUUCCGGUGCAUUCUUGAUGCCCUUGCGUGGAUUCGCGUAGAGAUCAGCAAAUCCAAGGGAGGGCGUCUAAGCAUUUCAGCUGUGACCAGCAGACUCUGGGAAAAUUUCACUUUCCCCACCUACAAAGGCGAGUUAAAGCCAGCGUAUAGGGUGCCUAUCAAGGAAGUUCUCCAUUACAAUGUGCACGCUCUUUUGCAGGUUCUUGACAAGGAUAAAUAUGAUGGCGAAUUCUACUCCUGGCUACAAGAGCUCGCCGAAACGCCUUUCAACCCUGUCGCCAUUAAACCAUCGGAUUUUCCGUACUACGUUAAACGACGUCAGCAAUCUAACAAGAACAACCCAAGCAAACCGUCAACUCCUUCACAAGCUGGAUUCUCCUCAAGGAACUUUGAUGAAAGGUUUUCAACUCCUCCCCGCUCUUCGCCUGCAGGUAAGAGCCUUAGGCGACCAGGUCGUCCAUCUGGUAUAAAGUCCAGUCUUCGUCUGGCAACCACUUCUAGAAAGCGGCCUCACUCUGAAGUUGAUAGUGAGUCGGAGGAUGAGGGGUCACAGCCAAAGCGAUCUCACUACUUUUCUGGUGAGGAAGAGACCAUGGGUAAUGCCAGUCACAUGAGUCUUUCCGAGGAUGAAGAUGCUCAAGAAACAUCUGAAGGCCCAGUCAAGAUUUAUCUAAGAGCAGACAACAUCCCUACAACCGUUCCACGUGGCCCCAGCGAGACAUGGGUCUGUGAAGAAGAGGAUUGUGGAUAUGUGGUUCGUGGCGGUGAUAUUCAAGACUGCCAAGACCGUAUCAGACGCCAUUUCAACGAGCACGAGCAGCAGAUGGAUCGUGUGAAUCUCGCCAGGACCGAAGCCACUCGCGGCCACUUGCCUGUAAAGUAUGCUUAUUUCCCGCCCUUUCUGAUUCUCGUUGAGUUACACUCCCCUUGCAUUACCCAGCAAAGGCAAACCACACCUGUAGACCAAGUUGCUACGACAGCCUCAACUCCAACACUUGCGAACAGCCCUGUUGCACCCUCUCUCCAGCCACGAACACCAGAAUCGUCUCCAAUCAAGAGUCCUGCUCUUGCGAGCAGACGCAAUUUUAGUCACCUAAUGGACAAGCUCAAAAAGCUGGGUGAGAAGCCACAGGCCGCUGAACAGCUUAUGGUCAACGAAAUCGUGUUGCCCCAGCGCAUCAAACGAAACCUGCUUGUUUAA